CUGAGACUCAGCCAGCAAAGCUUACCACAGCGGUGGCGCGGCUAAAGCUCUUUUCGUUCGAAUUUAGCUAUGAGGCGUCCAGUUUAAAAAGGGUAUGACUUUGUAGCGAGUAGGAACGUUUGUCUAAAAUAUGUUUGAACCUCUUCUUGUGGUCUGUUUUGAAGUAAGGCGAAGUAAGUUAAGCUAAACUUCAGCGGCUCAACAAGACGUUCCCCGCUGCUGUGUUGCGUUCUGCGGUUGCCUGGUUACCGUCUGCCGUCGAAGCUCGAGGAAUUAGCUAGAUAGCUAGGUUAGCUAGUUGGAAACUGAUUGGCUAUGCGGCCUUCUAACCUUUAACGUUUAUUCAUAAACGGCUUUUUCCAUUAGCUGCGUCCAAAAGCACUUGCUACCACACUAAAAAGUAUGUGAAAAUAUGACGCCUGAAUUAACGGUAGGAGUAAACUCAUUGGUAUAGUACUCGUAGAAUAGUGUAGUGUGUGGUUCUGGACGCGGCCCCUCUCAUCAUCAGCCCCAAACAAACUAUGUUUGGUUUAGUAGCUACACAGCCGAGCCUGCUUGACAAGACGCGUUCGCAGGGAUUUCUCUACCUCACAUCUUCGUUCAGGAUUGCUUUUUUUAACUUGUUAACCUGCUGAUAAGUCAGUGGAAGCAUGGACGGCGGCACCACGGUCAACUUGGUCGAGGAGAAGGCAAAGAUAGCGACCGACAAGGGCUACGUGCCUUACAUGGAAAUGAAGUCGAGCAUUAAUUUUCACCCAGAGAAGGAAGACUCCACAUCACAGCCCAAGCAGAGUAAAGAAGAAGGCUUUGGGCUGAGUUUACAGCUGGGAGAAGAGUAUGAACGGAAGAAGCAAAAGCUGAAGGAAGAACUUCGUCUGGACUACAGGCGUUAUGUAGCUGAGAAAAAAGAAUUUGGUGCUGGUGAGGUAUUCCGUCACCCCCUAACACAACCUGUUCCCGCAAAGAAUAAGCUCAGAGAUGACCGAAUUGGAGAAAAUGAGCUCUUUCUCCGAGGGCAAGAAGAAACACAGAAAAUAAGGAAAACUGCAAAAACGCCACAGGCUCCAAGUAGAGAUCUUUUUGGCUCCACAGCUGCCAGACAUACACUGCUUUCUCCAGAAUUUCAAGAACAAAAGAGCAGCCCGAGCCCAGAGAGGCUGCUGUUCUCCAGGAGGGACGUUGGCACAGUAACAGAGCCGGCAGUUAGGGCUCUGCCGAGGCCACCACGGAAACACAGGGAGGAGACCGUGGAGCGCUGGGACAGAAGGCCCAGGCGCCGUUACAGCAUUGAAGAAGAGUUGGACUCUGAGGAGGAGCAAGAAGAGCUUGAGCUUCUGCAGAAGAGCAAACCCAGAAACCGCCAAGAGCCUGUACAGCCUGGCAGGAGAGAGAGGAGGCUUCACCACACAGCAAACAGAGUUGCCCAGGAGAGGAGAGAAGUGGAGGUACCGACAGUUAAUGAAGAGGAAUAUCAAGAGGAGAACAGCCGAACCCCACUGGCAACAUUUAAAACCAACAUACCAGCGCAUGCCCGAGCCACUAGCAAGAAGGACAUGGCUGAUUUUGCCACAGGACUUAUGAUAGGUGCUGCUGAGGAAGAGGAGGCCGCUCAGAGGAGAAAGGCACGCUACCGACAAGAGCUACUGGAGCAAAUGGCAGAACAGCGGAAGAAUAAGAGGAAGGAAAAGGAGCUUGAGUUAAGAGUUGCAGCUACAGGAGCCAUCGACCCAGAGAAACAGUAUGUGACAGACUGCUUGACUGGUCUUCCCCAGCCUGACAGGAUCAAACAGUUUGGUGCUGUGAGAAGGGAGUAUGAAGGCAGGAGGCGGGAUGUGCCCUACAGGCCAGGACGGGGGCUGGACACGCUAGGGGCAGACUCGGAUAGGAAAACCCAAGAGAGGUCUCUGCAGGGGUCAGAAGAAAAAAGGGAGCCUCCUGAGAGGCCCCGUGUGGCCUUUCAGUCUCCAAUCCUGGAGUACAGCACAGCUUUGGGGCACUUGGCUAAUGCAGCAGGUCCAGGUUUUGAGGCUGAGGCUGGGGCCUGGCAGGGUGUUGGAGGGUUUACCCCCUUUAGUGAAGACUUCCAGAAAGGCAUCUCAGGAACUCUUGGAGAAAUGGUUAGCCCUAGAGUUACAGGAGUUCCUCCACCACUAGCACCUGGACUCUCAGAGGUAUACUCCACUCCAUAUGAUGAUGCCUACUAUUACUAUGGAGCCAGGAAUCCCCUAGAUCCUAAUCUAAACUACUAUGGACAUCCUGCGGCUGCAGUACCUUCAUUGCCUAAUCUUCCCUCUGGAGCACAUCCAUCCAUCCUGCAGCCUCCUGCUGGGCUGCUUGCGCAAUCAACUUCACAGCAUGGAAUUGCACACUCUGGAAUGGGGAUUGAGAUGCCUCCUCCUGACAGACAUCAGCAGCCCAAAGAAAAUAAUCUGUGCUACAAGGAAGCGCUUAAACAGCAGAUUGAAGAGAGGCAGGAGAGGAGACGGCGAGAGAGAGAGGAGGGAGAACGCUAUGACGCUAAGCUGGAGGCAGAGAUGAAAGUCUAUGAACCCUGGGGGAGAGGAGGAGGUGGAGCUCCACUGAGGGAUGACCGAGGCAACCUCAUAAGUGAUCUGAAGCGAAUGCACAGGACGAAUGAGGAGGCAUACAUGAACCCAGAAUCCCGAGGUAGAAGAGCCGCAGAACCAGCGGCUCCGAUCAGAGCCAUAUCAAGAGCAGAGGACAAGGACCCCUCUGCAGACAAAGUGCCAGGUUUCACCUUUACCCAGCCUUCACCAUACGCCCGAGGCAAUGUUUUCACUGACCGUCCCACAGCCCAACAGCUCCAUGAACAGGAGAAGUACAAAGAAAGUCUGAAACAGCAGAUUGAGGAGAAGCGGAGGAUGGAUGCAGAGAGGAGGGAGAGGUUGAGGCAGGAAGAGGAGCGGGAGGAGAAGAGGCUGGCGGAGCAGAGGGCACGGAUCCAGAGGGAGUAUGAGGAAGAACAGGAAAAGAAGAAACGGAAGGAGAUGGAGCAAAGUGCCAAAAAUCAGGAGAUGAUCCGGCAAGCUGAGGAGCGGCGCAAAGAAGCUGAGAGGAAGAGAAAAGAGGAAGAGGCAAAGGAGAGUGAGGCUGUCAGGCAGCAGUACGAGCAAGAGAGGCAAGCGCGGCUGGAACAGGACCACCGGUCGCAGUCCCCACCCAUUCCCACAGUGCAGAAAAGACUGGGUUAUCAGCCUCCUCCAAGACCACCUUCACUGGAUAGCCAGCGCUCAGCUGCCAUUCUUUCUGCUUCCUCACUUUCAACUCCUCGCUCCCCGCCAGUGCCUGCACGGAGGAACCAAAUCAGAGCAACAGAGGAACAGCAAGGUGUGAUCAGCGAAUUGUCUGUCCUGCGUAGGCGUCUGCGAAGUGAGCAGAGGCGUCUUGAAGGGCACUUACUGCAGUCAGACAGAGAAGACACACAAAGUCCGAUCAAGACCAGAGACCUGCCCCUGGAUGUAUUUGACAUGGCCAGACUGCGCAUGCAGGUUCCUGCUAGAAGACCCCCCUCAAGCACAAGACCAAUUAACAAGCAGAACAUAGAAGAAUUCAAUCAGCUCAAGUACAGAGACAGCGAGUCUCGCGAGCAAGUGAGGCAGGCGUAUCCAGAUCCGCCCAGUGAUGAGGCCAGUCUGGAGCUCCAACAGCAGGCGCUGCUCCGAGAGCAGCAGCACAGACUCAAUUACAUGAGGAGAGCCAGAGUCCACGAUUACUUUGACCUGUCAUCUCCGAUGAAGCCUACUAAUCAAUGGAAGGAGCGGCGCACAGAAGAGGCAGAGAGACACUCCCUGCUACAGUCAGAGAGUGCUUUUAUUGAUCCUAAUGGUUAUUCAUUCCCAGCAACACCUCAGCCAGAGCGGAGGGCUGGCCAGAGCUCUGCUAGAGAGAGGAGACGGCAAGCAAGAAGGACAGACUUUGAUGAUGGCAUGGAGACCCCCAGCAGAGAGAGGAACGGCCAGUCUCUCGGCUCAGCGAGCAGCUUUCAACUAGACAGACUCAGAGAGCACAACCAGCGAAGGAUGAGAGCACUAGACAACAUGAGCGCGCAGGGCUGGAGAUCAGGAGAAAUAUCUGCUGAUGAAGAGGACGACCUUUGGCAACAGAGUCCGUCACCGGCCCCUGCUAGGCGCGUUUCUACGACAACAGUUGCUACGGAGCCCUGGCUGCGCCCCGGCACCACUGAGACGCUGAAGAGGUUUAUGGCGGGUCGCAGGCCAUCCAGCCGCGGACCGCUGACUCGUGAGUGGGAGGGGCCGUCCACCUAUCACGGUUAAGCUCAGGGUCUUCACGGAAACACUAGAGUGCACUUUCUCCAUACUGAAUCCCCUUUUCCUUACCAAAGAAGUCUGUUUAUUUGUCUAAUUUGCUCCGCCCACAAAUGUCUUUCAUAGCAACUGUUGCUAGGCUGGAUGAACUGCAGAAUAUUGGGAAAAUCCUGUUCAACCUAAUGAGAAAUUUGCAGCACAUAAGUUUUAAUCAACAUUAUUCACAUGACUGUUGUGAUGUUUGAAUCACUACACUGUCACCACAGCCUCGUCACCAGUUUAAAACACUACACUACCAAGCUAGACUGUGGUGUUCUAGCUAAUUAAAACUAGGUAGGGGAAUUCCUAAAAUUUCUAUAAUAAAAAAUAAAUAAAUAAAUAAAAUUUCUGCAUAAUUCAGUCAUUCAGAGUGGUAUGUAAUGUUUUCAGGGUUUUAAUAUGUAAUGCUGGUGCUGGUAAUGGUAAAAGAAUAGCAAGUCUGGGCACUGUAGUGCCUCUCUUUCACCUCUCUGCCAUGAAUGAAUAAAAAAAAAAUGAUCCUUCUCAAAAGUAACAUAAAACUGUCUCAGAUAUCAGGCAGUGAAUUGAUACUUAUUUCAUGUAAUAACUUGGUGCGAGAGCUUUUAGAGGCGUUAAACUCUUCAGACGUCUGGUUCCCAUCACCACUGUGAACGGUUCUCUUAGAGCAUUUCACAUCAAAUCACUCACCACUCUGAAUGUCACUGUCUACAUCUUAAGGAUUAUGUUUAGAAAAAAUGGAAUUCUCCUUCAAUAACAAUAACUCUAAACUGAUGUGAAUUUUUUUUUACUGUUUUUUAAUAGCUUGUCCAAACUAGCAGCAGGUGGUUUUAAAAGAAUACGUUUGUGGGUGAAGCAUAGAUGACCAAUUCGAUGUUUGAGGCCUGCUUGGUUUCUUUUUUUUUAUCCCCCAAUUGCCUUUUUCUGUUGAAUUACCUGGAGAAUGAGAAGUGGUCCUUUUUAUGUAGACUAUGAAUUGUAAUGCAUUGAGACACUUGCACAAUCUACAAAAGGUCAGAUGGAUCCUAGAUUAAAGCCAUAAAGCAGCAGCAACUACAGAAGCGCAAAGCAGCGUCAGCCAGUAUGUCUCACCCUCUUGCCAGCCAGCAGAGCCUGGGAGGAAUUACUACAGAGGUCCCAUCUGCUGCACCCUGCUGCGUGUUUGCUUGUAUGAAAUGCCUUUUCCCCCCUUGGUCAGAAUGUGUUUACUGAAUGUAUAACGGGAUUGUAAUUGUCUGUAACAAAAAGCUUAUUUAACUUUGCAGAAAAAUUAAUAAAUUAUAUUUUAUCUUU